UUUCUUCCACCGCCAAAACCCCAUUUCUGCUUCCCGUUUCCCCAUCCCCUCCGACUCCACUCCGCCCUCGCACUUCCGAAUUGUCAGUCGACUGCAGCCUGCGAUAAGGGGAAGUGGUUAGACGCACGCCUUGUUUUACCGAGGCGGUCGACGAGCCUUUCGAUCAGACAAACUUGCUCCAAUCUAAGAGCUCCUCCCGUCCUCGAAAAUGGCGCUGGGAACUAUCAAGUGUGUAGUGGUCGGCGACGGUGCUGUUGGAAAGACAUGCCUUCUCAUCAGCUACACGACCAACAAAUUCCCCUCCGAAUACGUACCUACUGUUUUCGAUAACUAUGCUGUCACCGUCAUGAUUGGCGAUGAGCCUUAUACGUUAGGGCUUUUCGACACCGCCGGACAGGAGGACUAUGACCGCCUGCGACCACUCUCGUAUCCGCAAACCGACGUUUUCCUGGUUUGCUUUAGUGUCACGUCUCCCGCCUCCUUCGAGAACGUCCGUGAGAAGUGGUUUCCCGAAGUUCACCAUCACUGUCCCGGCGUCCCCUGCUUGAUUGUCGGCACACAGGUAGAUCUGCGGGAUGAUCAACAGGUGAUACAGAAGCUGGCCAAGCAAAAGAUGCAGCCGGUGCGGAAAGAGGAUGGCGAGCGCAUGGCAAAGGAAUUGGGUGCGGUCAAAUAUGUCGAGUGCAGCGCUCUCACGCAGUACAAGCUCAAGGACGUCUUUGAUGAGGCCAUCGUUGCUGCCUUAGAACCUCCGGCGCCCAAGAAGAAGCCCCACAGAUGCCUAAUCCUCUGAUCCGGGCUUCUGGCACAUGUCCUAUAUGGAGAAGAGGUACCCUUCAGAGGGUUCCAAGUCGCACUCCUUCCAAGUCUACAUCAGCCCUCCUAUGACACCGCACGAUUGGCAAAUAAGACAGGUUUUCUCCUAGGGAAGUGGUUGGGGUUGAUCAAGUCUUGAUUUUCCAU